UUUAUCGUCGGUGUCGCCUUCACAAUAUACGACGGUGUUUAAGGAACUAUUUUUGGUAUCAGGCACAUUUUCAUGGUGUACUAUAGCAUUUGAGAAGCGUGUGCUAUUGAUACAGCAAUAGCUGUAGUCAUCAUUACACGCAUUUAUUAUAGCCAAAUCUUUAUACCCAUUCUUUUCGAGACAAAUGUCUCUAAACAUAUUGUCUCUCCUUCUCGUCAUAUCGCACCUGUAUAGAGGUUUAUGUAACAGUAUGCAAGCGUAACUCGUGUUCAAGGGCAUCACAAACGCCAGUAUUUCUCCAGUUUUAGAUACCAAGCAUGUUGAAGUAAUGCUCAAAACUUGCAAUAGGGCUCUCCACGUUUUCAGCUCAGUGGGACUAUUUAUUUUUCCGCUAGAAGCAUCAGCAGAAGAACUGGACGAAUUUAAUUUUUUUUCAAAAUUUAUGUCUGGGGAAACGACGAUUUGACUGCUGAAAGUGUACAACUUCAACUGACUGAGACUAAUGAUACCUUCCACUUCGAGCUUCAAAUGCGCAUUCUGCCAAGUAUCUUUGUUUUCACGGCUAUUGUAAAAAGACGUGUUCAUUCGCUGAGCCAAAUAAAAACAAAUACCAUUCCAUGUUAACUGAAUUUUUUUGUCAUUUCUGAGGUUUUUCAGAACUUGGUUUUGGCAGGAGGCGGAGCAGUUGCUAUUGAAUUCGCAAUCAAUACUCUCUGCCAAUAAGGGCAGGUCUUCUUUCCAGAGCAUAUAUCGAGUCCACGCCUCGAAUGGAACUAAAAUAGCAUGUGCCAAGCCCCUUACCGACAGUUCUCCCAAUGUUUGUUUUACAACAAGCCAACCUCGACAGUCAUUUACUGAACUUGUGGUGUCUUUCAAAUUGUCCCAUGAUGCGAAGAAUGCAGCAUGCUCCCCAAAUGAAUAACGUCCAAAUAUAGUUGAAUAUGUAUCUAUCCACAGCAAAUCAACAGACCGUCGAAAAAAUGGGGUCAAAACUGAGCGAAGCUUCAAUUUACAAGCCGCGAGUGCAUCGAAAAUAUUCAAGUUAGGCGUUGAAAGCGACUUCAAGUAAUCUUCUUCGCGAUUCAGGCCGCGAGUGAGCUCUUGAAUGCUAUGUGGAACAGCUGCAAACAACACAACGUGUAUCUUGUAUUCAGAUGUAUACGCGGGAGGUGACAAAGCUGAUACAAAAGGGCUAUACAACGGUGCUGAGUAAGACGAAAAAUUAGAUUCGUCUGCAAAUGUUUCUUCUAAAAAACCGUAGUCGGAUAAAGACUGGAUGACAAAUUUAAAGAACCCGCCUGAAUUUUUUUUUGAGUUUUUCUAAAUUUGUGGGGUCGAUAGAAAAACAGGUCCCAGGCCGAGAGCCAGAAGAAAUAGAAGAAUCGAAAAAGCGAGCGGCCAUUUCGGCGCAUAGCCUCGCUUCUUGCUUCAUGUUAAACAGCUCAUGGCGCGUAAUAAUAUCUAGCGUUGACGCAAAUAACAAGUCGAAAUAGGUAUCGAUGGUAAUGGCUACAGAUGGGUCGUUUAAAAUGUCAGACAAACUGUUGCGAGAGAGUAACUGUUUAGCAGGGUUCACGUCGUAUAAAAAAAGAAUUUUGUGCAUUGAAAGGCGGUGAGUGCACUAAGAAGACAUGCUCAUGACAACUGACAGCGAAAUUUGCACUCAAUCGAUAAGAACGAUAAAAGAAAUAGGAAAAAAUCCUGUAAGCAACGGCUAGUUGAGAAUAGGUGAAAAAAAUUAAUUUACCCUUUUUUAAAUGUGGCGUGUUAUAUCUGAAGCAGAGGUUACUGGUGCAAAGUCAACUGGUCAAUAUUGAUCAAGAAGUUAAGACGUAUGAAAUACCUUCUCAGAACAAUAUCUCAGUCGAUUGGAUUCUAAUAAGUCUCCUUGCAAUAUAAAAAACAAGGUUUAUUUUCAAUUCAAAAAGCAAACAUUGGUGAACGCUCCGUAAUUUUCUUCAUGAAACCUGAAUUGAAAUGAAACGAAAACAGCCUCCAGCUAUCUCUCCAGAAGCCGAUUAUAAAUGUAAAAGGAAAAAAAAGCAGUUGUCUCAAAAUCUGACAACAAUUUCUCCUGGUUUACCAGUUUUCAAUGUAGAACCCACAAUUUUAGAUAUACAAGAAUCUGAACUGAGACCUAGGCCAAAAAAGAUAUGCUUAACCCACCAUCUGAUGACACCAAAAUUUCACAACGAAAAUUCUUCAUUUUUUCAAAAUUUGAAUGCACAAUUCGACUAUAUGGACUACUCAUCGCUCAACCUAAACAAGAAUUUCUUGUGCAGAGCCAAGCAGUUGCAAGCUAUUAGAAAUUACCUUCUUGGAGUCUUAUCUCAGAGCCGGGAACGUAUAUUGUACAUUUGUGGGACGCCUGGAUCUGGAAAAACAGCUAUGGUAGCGACCAUUAUAACAGAUUUAAAAAAAAAAGCCAAAAAGAAUUUUGAUCUAAUCAAAAAAAAACUACUGUUCGAAGGGAAAGAAACUGGCGAUACAAAAAAAAAAUCUAGGCAUACAAAGAAGGAUGACCUAGAUGAGCGAGGCACUUACGAAUUGGAUGUAAACGAACCCAACAAACAACAAUGCAAUAUGGAAAAUCACAAAACAAGUAGCUCUUGUUCUUGUCAAAUCUCUUUAGAAAAUGAGCAAUGCCUGUGUGCUUGCACUGAUGAAUACUGGAAUUGUCAUGACCAUUUUUGUUGUACUAGUUCAUGUCUUGUAUGUUACUGCGAUUAUUCGUAUUGUAAUGAUUAUUAUGAAAAUGCACACACUUCAUACUGUCAUGAUAUGUACUGCACCUGUUCACCUUGUCAUGGAGCCUGUAGUCAGCCUAUAUGUCAAAACAGCCAAAAUCAAGACCAAAAAAAGCAACUGGAACAUAUCUCGUCAUCCAAUUCUGACUCAUCCUUCUUCUCAAAGCAUAUUGUCUUUUUUAACUGUACCACGUUUGCCUCUAACAAGAAUUCUUUAAUUCACGCGAUUGCCAGUCAAUUGAUUUCAUCUAUUCAACAGGAUUGUGUGCUCUCCUUGCCCUCACCUGAGUGCUAUCCUGAUGAGAUGUCUUGGUUGAGAUUUUUACUUUUCGACGCUGUACCUUCAAGUUACAUGAAUACCAUGGAUUUCUCUCAAUUUCAUGCCACAAUUGAAUCAGGGACUCUAUUUCAUUUGAUCCUGCUCGACGAAAUUGAUCAGCUACCUACUCAUCAAUACAAAGAAUUGCAGCAGCUUCUUGAAUGGGCUCAAGAACCUCAAUCUACGCUCGCAUUGAUCAUAUUAGCUAAUCGUCACAAUUUGAUUCAGGAAAUAACGACUACCUCUCAAAACGCAUAUUCUGGCAUUUUGAGCCAGUCUAAUACUAUUCAAAUUAUACGCUUCAAGCCUUAUACACAUCAAAAACUGGAAUACAUAUUCAGGACUCGUUUCGAAUUAAUACAAAAAUUUUUUGACCCCAAGGCUAUCAAGUUUCUAGCUAUGAAGAUUUCUAAGUUGCCUGGCGAACAAGCCGGUGACGUUCGCGUCUUGUUAGAUAUUGUCAGAAAAAUUAUCGCUUCUGUUUUGCACAAUUUCAAACCUCAUGAUGUUGGCGAGAGCUCUAGUCGCUUGCCUAUCGUUGACCUGCAAACUGUUAUGCAAAUUUGGAAUGAACGAACGUUGGCCAUUGAACAGAAAAGUCGCGUUGAAAACUUAACCCUAUUUCAAAAGAUAGUUUUAGCAAGCGUCAUUUUGGAAACAAAAGCAACUCCGAAUGCCCAGUUUGUCAAAUACAACCAGGUGAAAAUUAUAUACAAAAAAUUAAUUUCUCAGCUACACGUUAGCGCAAAGCUGGCUGAAUUCGAACAAUUAGUCACCCUUUUGGACAAAGCAGGCUUGCUUACAUUCAAAAAAAGCAAACUUCAAAACAAGAGUUUCAUUCAGUUAAGAGGCAAUAUGGACGAGAUACUGGAUGAAUUCAAAAAUGAUGUUAUACUUAAAACUUUUUUGUAAAGUACGCACAGAGCCUGUAAAGAUCUUGGUAGAUUUUACAUUCUGUAUUCAUUUAGACCCUAGAUUUUAUUUUUAGAACCCUUUGCAGAUGCAUUUUUUGAAAAGCUGCUGAGAGAAGACAUCACAAUGAAUAGAUGCAUAUAAUACGCAUAUGUAUAUUUGUGCGUGGUGAUCUUCGAAUUAUAAAAAGGUCGUGCGAUGUUUCGCUCGUCAAAUUUCUUCACUUUCUUUUUGUUUUAGGGUACAUUUACUUUGCUUUUUUUUCGCCAUGGUUCUCUAUGUAAUCGGUCUUGGUCUCGGAGGUGAGAAGGACAUUACCGUGCGCGGUUUAGAGGUAGUCAAAAAAUGCGCUCUAGUUUAUUUGGAGUCCUACACCUCUAUUCUUGGUGUUGACAAAUUAUGUCUUGAGCGUUUUUAUGGGCGCAAAAUUAUUGAGGCGACCAGAGAGUUCGUAGAGCAACGUAUUGACGAGAUGCUGAAUGCAUCGAAGACGAGCGACAUUGCGUUUCUCGUCGUUGGAGAUCCCUUUGGUGCUACGACUCAUACUGACUUGGUCAUUCGAGCUCGGAAGUCCGGCGUGUCUGUUGAAGUGGUGCACAAUGCCUCAAUUAUAAAUGCGGUAGGCAUAGUGGGAUUACAGCUGUACAGAUACGGGCAAAUCGUAUCGGUUCCAUUUUGGACUGAUACAUGGCGACCGGAUUCAUUUUACGACAAAAUCAAGGAGAACAAAAACUUGGGCUUGCAUACGUUGUGCCUUCUUGACAUCAAGGUCAGAGAGCAGAGUGUAGAGAACUUACUUCGAGGCAAAGAGAUUUUUGAGCCCCCGCGCUUCAUGCUCAUUAGCCAAUGCAUCGAACAGCUUUUUCAGAUAGAAGAGGCAAGAAUGGAGGGAGUGUUCAACAAAAAUUCAAUGUGUGUUGGCGUGGCAAGAAUAGGACAACCAAAUCAAAUGGUUGUGUCUGGACCAGCAGAGAAACUUGCUCGUCACGACUUUGGAAGCCCACUUCAUUCAUUGAUCAUAUGCGGUACAUUACAUGAACUGGAAUUCGAUUACAUGCAAUAUU